AUGGACGGAGACGACGACGACGCUUUCCUGUACGGAGAUGGCGAUGGUCCCCCCGCCGCUGGCGCAUCGAGCACAGCCCAGGACACUAAGCAAACUGCCGUGCAACAAAGUUUCGACACCGCUGCGGGCCCCGAGGAUGUGAACAUGGGGGGCGGCACCGAGGAACAGGAGGGGGAUGAUGAGGAGGAGGAGGAUGACGACGAGGAAGAGGAUAGCGAUGACGAUCUGGAAGUCGUGCUGGACGCCAGUCAAGCCCCUGCUCGACCUCCCGCCCAGCCCUACGUCAAGCCUGCAGCCGUUCCAGCUCAACCUCGCCCAGACGCUCCGAGAGGACCCGCAGCAUCGACCAUGACAACGGAGUACGAACCUGUGCAGCGCGGCUCCCUACCUUCCCGAGCCGGCGCGGCUACAGCGAUUGGGACUCUCAACACAGCUUCAGGCGCUAGAGCUACACCGACAUCUGCCCUCUCAGCUGCACCCCAAGGCCAGGCGCAAGAACAGCCACCAAAGAGCAGCGCGAGCGCGACGCUCCAGCCCAAUGCCCUGGGAUCCGUUCAGCAAACCCGUCCGACCGCAGGGGCUCUACCAGCUCCUGAGCUUCCUGCUGUAUCAGCGCCGCCUACAGCGCCGCCUUUGCAUCUUUCGCCCGACCCAGCAUCGCUCACUGUGCCCCUUUCAGUGACGAAUGGCGACGCUGCAAAUGACGAGAAUGGGCCCGGUGGCGCUGUUGCAGGAACGGUUGCCGGGACUAGCAUCUACGAUGUAGAUCCCACCACCUUCCCGGAGAAGCCUUGGAGGAAAGCGGGAGCUGAUUUGAGCGACUGGUUCAAUUUUGGCUUUGAUGAGGAGACGUGGAAUAGGUACACGGAUAUCAAACGUGGCAGGACAGAGAUGAGAGAGCGAUUCGAGAGAGAGUCCCCCGAGCCAGCUAAGGAACGCGAUCCGGACAGUGCAUUGGCGAAGCUGAGCCCCAUGCAGGUGCAACAGUUGCAAAGCAUGCAACCAAUGAUGCCAGGCAUGACCCUAGAGCAGAUCGCGCUCUUCAUGGGCAUAGGCUUGGCAGCGCCUGCGCCACCUCCACCACCUCCAACGUUGCCGCCUUCUGGCCCUCAGCAACAGGGGUAUCAAUCUCAAGGAGGGCAAUCUCAGCAACAACAGAUGCACCAAUAUCCAGGUCACCCUGGCCAACAACCGCACCACCAGUUCACUCCAACCGGCCCAGCUGAGCCAGGCCAGCAAGCUGGGAUGCCAUCCGGCCCUGCGGGAGCGAGAGGCAGAAUUCCUUCCAAUGUGCCUGGGGAGGGCGCCACCGCUACACCCCCGCCUGGCGCUCCCAACGCGCCCGCUGCGGUCCGCGCUGCACAGGCACAGGCUUUGCAAUACGAUCAGCAUGGGUCUAGUAAUUCAACUCCCGGUUCCAGGGCGGAAGGCGCGCCGUCCGGUAGCAACGAGAAUGGGGAACGCAAGACAAAUGGAACGGGUUUUGCGGAUGUCACAGCCGAAUCUGAUGGGCCCCGAGGCGAUGCGAAGAGAGGCGGCCGAGCACCAAGAGGUGGAAGCGCCAGAGGCUCAGCACCAAGCGGCGUGCCUCACAUACCAACCGGCCCCUCCAAUCCUGGCAUGAAGUCCAAUGUGCCCAUACCUACUGGGCCGCGCAACCCAGGACGGAGGUACAAUGACCGAGAUUCUGGAGCAGGAGAUGCAGAGAAUCUGGACUACGGAGGUGGCGGUGGUGGAGGUUCGGCUCGCCCAGAAAGGAGCUUGAGCCCAUCAGAGGCUCGAGGGAGCUCGACAAGUCGCGAUGCUAGAGGCAGUAACAAUCCUCGAGAGGAAAGACCGCGCGCGGAUCGGAGAGGCAGAGGCCGCGAGGAAGAGUCAAGAUACUCUAGAGAACGAGACGACGAUCAGGACAGCGUAUCGGGCAGGAACUCGCGGCGAUCGGCGCGUAGGAGUGGGCACGACUCAAGCUCGCACCACGAUGCUGAUCUUGACGGGCCUUCUCCCUCUAGGGAUCGAGACUCGCACGCGCGGGGUGGCUACACAGAUAGAGAGAGGGAGCGUGAACGUGAGCGGGAGAGAGAGCGGUCCAGACACUCUUCGGUUGCUGUCAGCAUUGACGAGGAGGGAAGCGGCAGUGGAAGCGGUGCUCGCAGCAGACGGGAUAAGAGCGACCACCGAGAGCGGGAGAGAAGCUCUCGCGGCUCUGAAGUAGAUCGCGAACGCGAGCGAGAGAGGGACAGGGGAAAGGAGAGGGAGAGCAAGGAGUCAAGAGAAGGUGCUAGGAGCGAGGCCAGAGCUGCUAGACGAGCUGGCCGCGCGACCACCGACGAGAAGACUGCCACAACGAAUACGUCAUCGACGUCGAGCGCGAGAACUAAGCGCUCUGCCCCUGCAGACCCAAAGGAAGUGGAGAGCAGCUCGGGAUCUAGGAAGCGUCGAUGA